AUGUCUAUCGCUAAUAGUUGGCUAAUCUGUUUAGUCGGCAUUUUUUCCAUUGUGCUACGUGUAGAGGCUAGUACUUUCUGUAACGCUACUCAAGCAUGUCCUGAAGAUAAGCCAUGUUGUUCACAAUAUGGUGAAUGUGGUACCGGUCAAUACUGUUUAAAUAACUGUGAUGUGAGGUUUUCAUUUAGCCACGAUUCAUGUAUGCCAGUGCCUAUCUGUAAGAGUUCAUCUACUAAGUUCAAAGAUUAUUCUUCCAAAUUGGGAGACGCCAAUACUUUCUUAGGUAAUGUCAGCGAGGCUGAUUGGUUGUAUACUGGUAAUGUCUUAGAUUACGAUGAUGAAGAGAGUUUAAUUUUGGCUAUGCCCAAAAACAGUGGUGGUACCGUUCUUUCCUCUACAAGAGCUGUUUGGUACGGUAAAGUCAGUGCUAGAAUGAAGACCUCGCACCUUGGCGGUGUGGUCACUGGGUUCAUCUUGUAUUCUGGUGCAGGUGAUGAAAUUGAUUACGAAUUUGUUGGCGCUGAUUUAGAAACUGCUCAAACCAACUUCUACUGGGAAGGUGUUUUAAACUACACAAAUUCUGCAAAUAUUUCCACCACUGAUACCUUCGAAGAGUAUCACACCUAUGAGCUAGAUUGGCACGAAGACUAUGCGACAUGGUCAGUUGAUGGUGUCGUUGGUAGAUCUUUGUACAAGAACCAGACUUAUAAUGCCACCACUAAAAGUUAUCAAUACCCACAAACUCCAUCCAAGGUGGAUAUUUCUAUUUGGCCUGGUGGUAACUCUACCAACGCUCCUGGGACAAUUGCAUGGUCCGGUGGUGAAAUUAAUUGGGACGCAGCAGACAUCAGUGAUCCAGGUUAUUAUUAUGCUAUUAUCAAUGAAAUUAAUAUCACAUGUUACGAUCCGCCAAGUGCUGCUAAGAAGAACGGUACUUCUGCCUAUGUUUACACAUCAUCCGAAGAAUUUUUGGCAAAAGACAUUGCUAUCACUGACGAUGAAGUUAUGAUGGACACUGAUGAAGGAUCUGGUUUAAACCCUCAUAAGGGUGCUACCACAUCAUCUUCUGCUCAGAAAUCAUCAUCUUCAACAUCGGCUUCUUCCGAUCACAGUACUUCCACUAAGAAGAGUAGUAAGGCCACUUCUACAGUAUCCUCCUCCUCAUCUUCUUCUUCUAGUACCACAAAGGAUGGAGACAAAGCUGUCUCUACCGUAUCUUCCUCUGCGACUUCUCAGACGGCCUCUUCUGCCAGUGGAAGCGCCUCCAGCAGUGCAAGCGCCUCCAGCAGUGCAAGCGCCUCUAGCAGCGCAAGCUCAAUGAGCGGCCAUAACAUGGGUGCUAACGUUGCUGCAAACUGGGGUUUGACCGCUUUCGGUGUUCUCCUAGGUUACAUUCUAUGA